AUGGAAGGGAUGCUGGAACUCGUCUUUGGGCACGGAAAAUGGAAGUGUCUGGGACGAAAUGUGGCCAUGAUGGAGCUGCAAAAAGUUUUUGUCGAGCUUAUGAGGAGAUAUGAGCUCGUUGUCGUUGACCCAACGAAGCCAUGGAAAUCCCUCAACUACGGCAUCUUCCUGCAGUCUUCUUUUUGGGUUCGGGGAUACAAGCUGGACGCACGGGGCCGCUCGUCACGGUGA